CAGGAAAGAUGCUUGGCCCUGACUAUUUGCACUGGUAUCGAGUAUCGUCCGGGCCAUUGUGAGCUAUGGACACGCCCAGCAGGCGUUCAAGCCACGAACGCGUUGGUGAAUUCCGUUUGCCUUCAACGGCCAAGUUCUCCUCCGCCUGGCGCAAUUCAAACCAAAUACGUGGCUCACUACAUGCCAUGGUUCGUAGGAUUUCAAAGUGGCGUGUAUGACCAUUGGUGCGUAGGCAAUGCCCAUUACCAGAGCUAUUUGGGACAAUACAACUUGAACGACCGUGCAAUUGUCCAGCAGCAACUGGACCUCAUGAAAAAUGCAAGCAUUGAUGGGGUGUGGAUUGACUAUCAGCUGGCUUCCUGGAAUGCCGUCAUCGACAUUGUAAUGGAAGAGACUGCCACCCGCGGUAUGGGUGUGGCCAUUGUCGUGGACAGUGUGACCAAUCCAAACAUUUUCAUUGAGUCUCGAGACAAGAUGAUCGAGUGGACCAACUGGCCGCACUACUAUCGAGUCAAUGGCAAUGCGGUGAUUCCUGUGUUCCAGACUCCAGAUGUCAACUUUGAGCCUUUUCCAUUCGAUGCAUACUAUAUCGUGAGGCGUGGAGGUCCACCACCUUCCUGGGCCAAUGGGACAUAUCCAUGGGUCACACCAUCCUUGAGCGUCCUGGACGUGUACUACCAGGAGGAUCACACGCUCUCUUCCUUUGCCGUGGGGGCAGCCUAUCGAGGAUUCCGCGACUGCUACAAAGAUCGGACGCUGAUCACUCCAUUUCUUCAGAUGUUAGAGCCAACCUUGAUGCUCGCUAGCAAAUAUCAGCCCGAGUUUGUCCAGGUGAUCACUUGGAACGACUAUUCAGAAGGUACAAUGAUUGAGCCAAGCUGGGUACGACCCCGUGACGUUUGUCUUAGCACCUGUGUGGAAGAGAACAUCCAGCCGUGCUUGACAAGCUCUGCCUGUGACUCAGGGUUUGAUCCUCUUGAUUGCACAAAGCCGUAUGACAGCUUCUCUGGUCCAGUGGAUCCUCAGUGCAACAGCACUGCCACCGCCAAUGCUGAUGACGAUUUGCGCUUGUUGACUCAACACAUUCGUGCUGAAGAAACUGGAACAUUGCAAGUGAAAUACCAUGCUGGCAUGUUUGAGCAAAAAGUAGUGGAGGCCUUCAAUUGGUACUCAAGGAAGGCAGAAUAUCAUCCUCCAGCCACUCCACAACGAGUUGACGGCAUCUUUGUCAAGAAGUGAACCAGGCAAUGUUCAAACAUUGACCAAGACUCGCAGCUGUUUUUUCUUGACGCCACCCUGAAAGUCUGAAGCCCAGCUUUUUUGCGCAUACGAUGUUUUCCCACUUCAUGGUUGCACAGCCCACAGCAGAGCAAACGCGGAUCCUUUAUCGAUCUGAGUUUCUUGCUCCGCUCAAAUUAGUGACUAGAACGGCACAACCUGGCUACUAGGCACCAGGCUUGUCCGUGCAGGCAGCCAGCAAGGUGCACUGGCAGUCCAAGUCG